CAAAAAUCCAAGUUGGUUCCUGCUGCGAUGACGACGACGACGACGAAGGCCAAGUUUGGGACCUCGUGGCCGGCGACCAACCCGUCCUCGGCGCCGGGCUCGUGUCCGCAGCGCACCAACCCGAAGCUGUUGAAGCUCGUCGAGCCGCAUGUGGCAUCGUUCGACUACAUGCUCGAGGAGGGCCUCGACCUCGCCGUGCAGUCGAUUGCGCCGCUGUCCAUGGACGUUGGCAACAGCAACAAGAUGACCAUUUGGAUCGAGAGCGCGCAAAUUGGCUUCCCGACCACGGACGCCUCCAACAACCACGCGAAGGCGAUGCUGCCGAGCGAGUGCCGUCAGCGUGGCAUCUCGUACACGGCGCCGCUCGUCGUGACGCUCGGCCGGUCGUUUGGCGGCUCGGCGAUUGAGCAUCUGCAGCGCACGGUGGGCCAGAUCCCGAUCAUGGUGCGCUCCAAGCGGUGCCACCUCGCGGGCCUCUCGCCGCCCGAGCUCGUCCAAAAGCGCGAAGAAGCCAACGAGAUGGGCGGGUACUUUAUUUGCAACGGCAACGAGCGCUGCGUGCGCCUCCUCCAGAUGCCGCGCCGGCACCAGCUCAUGGCCGUCACGCGUGGCGCGUUCGCGAAGCGCGGCGACCUCUACUCGGACAAGGGUGUCUUCAUGCGCUGCGUGCGCCGCGACCAGUCGGCGGUCACGAUGACGCUCCACUACCUCCUCGAUGGCAACGCGACGCUCCGCUUUGGCAUUCAAAAGAAGGAGUUUAUGGUGCCCGUCGGCCUGCUCCUCAAGGCCCUUUACACGCUCACGGACCGCGAGGUCUACGACCGCGUCGUGCGCGGCGACACGGAAAACACGUACUUGUCGGCGCGUAUGGAGCUCAUUCUGCGCGAGUCCAAGCGCUUCUCGGUCUACUCGCGCGACGAAGCGCUCGCGUACCUCGGCAAGCACUUUCGCUCGGUCGUGCCCUUCUUGGACAAGGACAUGUCCAACGUCGACGUCGGCAACCGGUUUGUCGACGACUAUGUGUUUGUGCACAUUCCGAAGGGUGAGAAGGGCCGCGCGCAAAAGGUCGAGCUGCUCUGCUUGAUGAUCCGCAAGCUGUAUGCGUUCGCCAAGGGCGACAUCCGCGAAGACAACCCGGAUAGCGUCAUGAACCACGAGCUCCUCCUGCCCGGCCACCUCUACCUCAUGAUCCUCAAGGAAAAGCUGCAGGAGAUGCUCGUGAGCAUGCGUCUCCAGAUCGAACGCCAAGUCGCCGACACCAAGAACAAGGUGAGCGUCAUGGACCUCGCGUACCUCAAGAAGACGUGGGAGCGCACGGCCAACAUUGGCAACGCGAUGACGUACUUUCUCAACACGGGCAACCUCCGCACGUCGAGCGGCUUGGAUUUGAUGCAGCUCGCGGGCUACACGAUCGUGGCCGAGAAGCUCAACUACUAUCGGUACUUUUCCCACUUUCGCUCGGUGCACCGUGGUCAGUUCUUUACGACGAUGAAGACCACCACGGUGCGCAAGCUCCUUCCGGACUCGUGGGGCUUCAUGUGCCCCGUGCACACGCCCGAUGGGUCGCCAUGCGGUCUCCUCAACCAUCUGGCGGUCGAGUGCCAGCUCGUGACGUCGCCGCCGUUCACGGCCGACACGGUGCUCGGCGAAGAACAGAAGCUCGCGCGCUUCCUCGCCGACCUCGGCAUGGUGCCCGCGACCGGCUACAGCGAUGGCGCGUGCUUCAUGCCCCACACGUACCUCCCGAUCACGCUCAACGGCAAGGUCCUUGGUGGCGCGCCCGCCGAGGUCUGCACGAUCAUCGAGCAGGCGCUUCGCUACACGAAGGCCGUCAAGGACAAGAGCGUCCGUGUCGAGCGCGGCGUCGACAAGACGCUCGAGGUGUGUUUGAUCUUGCCGGUGGUCGGUGGUCCGUUUCCGGGUCUGUACCUCUCGUGCGACGCCGCGCGCUUCACCCGCCCCGUCAAGCAGCUCCACACCGACCUCGUCGAGUACAUUGGGCCGAUGGAGCAAGUGUUUAUGAACAUUGCCGUGCUCAAGGACGACAUUCGCGCGUCGACGACGCACAUGGAGCUCAAGCCGACCAACAUGCUCUCGCUCGUCGCGAGUCUGACGCCGUUCUCGGAGCACAACCAGAGUCCGCGUAACAUGUACCAGUGCCAGAUGGCCAAGCAGACGAUGGGCACGCCGGCGCACUCGAUCGUGCACCGAACGGACAACAAGAUGUACCGGAUCCAGUCGCCGCAAGCGCCGAUCGUGCACAACGAGCGCCUCCGCGAGUACCAGCUCGACGAGUACCCGCUUGGCACGAACGCGGUUGUCGCCGUCAUCUCGUACACGGGCUUUGACAUGGAAGACGCCAUGAUUCUCAACAAGUCGGCGUACGAGCGCGGGUUUGGCCACGCGUCGGUCUACAAGCAGAUCAAGGUCGAUAUUUCGCCCAACGAAAACUCGACGACCAAGAGCUACUUUGGCAACGUCAAGCCGGGCUCCGCCAACGGCGAAGUCAUCUCGACGGCGCUGGACCGUGACGGGUUUCCCCACAUUGGCCAAAAGAUCCAGUACGGCGAGCCGAUUGCGUGCCACAUCAACUCGACGACCGGAAAGGAGUCGUUUGUCAAGCACAAGGAGAGCGAGCCGGCGAUCAUCGACCAGAUCAACCUCCUCGGCAACACGGGCAACAACGCGGACUUCACCAAGGCCAGUAUCAAGCUCCGCUUCGUGCGUAACCCGAUCAUUGGUGACAAGUUCUCGUCGCGCCACGGUCAGAAGGGUGUCAUGAGUAUCCUCUGGCCACAGGCCGACAUGCCCUUCUCCGAGUCGGGCAUGAGCCCCGAUGUCAUUAUCAACCCGCACGCGUUCCCGUCCCGCAUGACCAUUGGCAUGCUUGUCGAGUCGAUGGCGGCCAAGGCCGGUGCGCUCCGCGGCCAGUACAUGGACGCGACGCCGUUCCAGUUCAACGAGCAGAACCGUGCGAUCGACACGUUUGGCGUGUACCUCAAGGAAGCCGGCUACAACUACAUGGGCAGUGAGCCGCUCUACUCUGGUCUCACGGGCACGGUCAUGCACGCCGACAUCUACAUGGGCGUCGUCUACUACCAGCGUCUGCGUCACAUGGUCAGCGACAAGAGCCAAGUGCGCGCGACGGGUCCCCUCAACUCGCUCACGCGCCAGCCGGUCAAGGGCCGUAAGAAGCACGGUGGUAUCCGCUUUGGUGAAAUGGAGCGCGACUCGCUCUUGGCCCACGGCUGCGCGUUCCUGCUCCAAGAUCGUCUCAUGAACUGCUCGGACAAGCACAUUGCGACCGUGUGCACCAAGUGCGGCAGCUUGCUCAGCACGCUCAACCAGCGGGCGGCCGCGAGCACGGCCGGCGCGUCCGACAUCGAGGUCGCCCUCGGCGCGCGCAAGCUCUGGAUGUGCUCGACGUGCUCGACGGGCGAAGGCUGCGAAGCCGUCGCGAUGCCGUACGUCUUCCGGUACCUCGCCAACGAACUCGCGGCCAUGAACAUCAAGAUGACCAUGACGCUCAAGGGCGUGUAAACAAAAAAUCCCGCAUCUCAUAGACACUGUAUCCUCGGCAGCAGCACCACCACAACUUGCAUAAUUGAAUAUACUUAAACCGUUCCCACCGACCA